ACAGAUAUUUUGAUAUAUUCUUCCUAUUGCUACGAGCUGUUCGGCACGGAAUUAAUUUUUUCGCGAGGAAUGUGCUAGCAAACGCGUGUUAAAUUGUGUAUAAGCUAGGGAAUAUCGCAACAGCCAUCUGCCUGAGUGGUAUUAAGUGCCUGAAAAGUGGACCAGCGUUGUUUUAUUCAACCCAGACCGCUGCCGACAUUUUCUUGCCCGAUAAAAUCGGGUGUGGGUUUUUUUUUCCUGCAGUUAUCUUUGCCUUUUAAAAUACUUCAAAUGGUUUAAAAAAGAUUUGCAAGGAUGAACUUUGAGUACAUUGGCCAGGCACUGGGCUACCAUGGACAGCCGUUGCAGAAGAUCUGGGAUGACGAGCGAGGCGUGGAAGAUCUGCGAGUGAUGGGCCUCACCCAAGUGAACUACGCUGUCUAUCAAGAACGGCAGAAGUUUUUCACCUUUCAGGAGCGAGCUAAAAGGCUUAAAAUGCACCAGUUUCUGGCCCGGAAGGCCACCGAUCUGUAUGACCGCGGAAUGGUAGCCAAUGUUAUGGAGGAUUCUGUACUAGCUCAAGGCAACACUUACAUUGCGCAAAUGCCUCCCUUCGAGUUCUUUCUGAAUGUGAAGGACAAACGCAAGACGUGGCCCCACCGCCUUGAUGCCCUUAAGCAGGGCGACAUUAUCUACACCCAGGUGACAAGGUUGGUCAACGGCAACAGACUCGUGGUAAAGCCACUAUGUACCGCCGAACCCAAGCAUGCCUAUUUGGCCGAUAUACCCAUUAAGGCCAUGAUCCUGCAAGACUACUGGGGUCCCUUGCCCCUGGACAAGCAAGGAAACCCGCGUAAUUUUUCCAUAAGUGAUUUCCUGCGCUGCGAGAUUAGCAGCAUAUCUGCGGAUACCGAGCGGCUCACCCUAAACAUGAUUGGCAUGCUUAACAAAUCGCCAGACUUAAAGUUUGGACUAUGCGACCUUAACGAGUUGCCAAAGUAUUAUCGUGAUAUACAUAACCUAGAGCAUCCAUCGGUUUUACACUACGAGGAUGAACUGAACAAAGCCUUAGAGUUUGCAAACCCCAACUACGAUAUGCUGUUCCAGCUGAACGGCUUGCAACCAAAUGAGAAUCUGACGCUGAUGAGCAAUUUGAAGACAGGAUUCCCUGAGUCAGAGACCGCUUCGGAGCUUCGGCAAAAGCAAGCCUCCCAGUGGGCCUUUCGCUCCGUGGCUGAUGGCAUCGAGCACUUUAAGAAUGGCCAACAUGUCGAAGCCUUUCAGUGCUUGAACAAGGCUUUGAACAUUGAUCCGCGCAAUGUUGAGGGUCUGGUGGCGCGCGGUGCCCUCUACGCGAACUGCGGCAGCUUCCGUAAAGGGCUGCAGGACUUUGAGAAGGCUCUUAACCUAAACAAGUAUCACUUCAACGCGCGCCAGUAUAUGGGCGAAACGCUAGUGGCUCUUGGUCGUAGUUAUGAGGAGGAGAACCGUAUUCCCGAAGCGGUAAAGGCCUAUAGCGACUGUCUAAACCUGCUGCCUCAGCACGAGCAGGCACGCCAGUCCUUGGACGCACUGCAGCGAAGUGGAGACGGUAAGCAAAGACUAAGCUCAGAUCUUAUCCGCCCUACCGGUGGCCAAUCUUCGGACGAAUCUACCUCAUCAAGUAACAGUGAAAGUGAAAGCGAAGAACAGGCUGGCAAGGCCAAGACGAACAUCAAUCAGCCCUUCUAUUCCCAAAACCAGAAUAAACCACCGGGGAAGGAAAAGUUGGAUGUCAUCGAUGCCCAAAAGGCCAAUGAGUUCCGGCUGGACGAUGAUGAGACCGUGACCAGUGUUCGGAAGCUUUUACGGGAGGCUAGCAAGCACAAAAAGGCAAAGAAAAAGGGCAAGAAAAAAAAGGACAAGAAGGAGGGCAGGAGGUCCAAGUCCGUUGUAGAGGACCCAAUAGAUUUGCUCAAGAAGAUCGACUUUCAGGAGGCCUUUAGCCAAGACAAGCUGAUGAAAAGUACAAGUAGCGAGGCGGAGCUGAAAGCGAAGAUCAGAGACUAUCUCAACGACAAGGAGAAAGGAAAGGGAGAUUCUCCACCUCCACCACCGCCUAUGAGAAAAACAGCGGCUCCAUCAAAAAAAUCGAAUUAUGAUACCAUGGGACCCAGCACCUCUCGGCAUGCAGCUGCCGUAUCUGCCACUGGUGGCGACCAUCCACCGGUAUCGAAGUAUCAUGAGCAAAAGAAGCCACCGGAGCCGGGACCCAAGCUUUCUUUUCAAAUCAAAAAGCUACCAUUGCAAAUGGACAAGUUGGGGAUGCUACGUCUGGCGGAGCCACUAAAAGAAGGCCGAAGUAGCAGCUCACGCAGCCGAAGUAUUAGCCGCUCACGAAGUCGCUCGCGAUAUCGCCGACGCGGAAGAAGUCCUCGUUCGAGGCACGGGAGCCGACGUGGAGACUCGCGUUCCGGUUCAAAAUCCAGGUCGAGAAGCAGGUCGCAGUCUCGCCGGCGACGUACCUUCUCGCGGUCUCGCAGUAGCUCGCCACGCCGCUAUGGCAAUCGAUUUGUGGUUAGGCGCUAUGCAAACCGGCGGGAUCGCCGUUCGCGGUCUUUCCACCGUCGGAGGACUCCAUCGCCUUUCGUUCCAAGGCGCUCACCCUUCGUACCCAGGCGUUCACCCUUCGGGCAUAGGCGCUCGCCUUCGCCCUUUGUGAAUAGGCGCUCGCCCUCGCCGUUCAAGAAACGCCGGACACCCUCACCAUUUGUGCCACGUCGUACACCAUCUCCAGCGACCCGUUAUCGACGAACCCGCUCAAAGAGUCGCGCCCGACGUACCCGCUCCCGGAGUCCCUCCCGUUCGCGCACCCGCAGUCAGAGUCCACGCCAUUUCCAGUCUCGCUUUCCGCCGAGAGGUAGAGGCCGUGGUCGCGGCGUCGUGAAUCGCAACAAAUACUCCUGGUACAAUCAUGAUGCACGUAGUGUUUCCCGUGCCUUGGAGCCAAAUGGCAAGGAGGAGAAGAACCAUUCAGCUACUCAGCAAGGGAAAAUUGGUGCCAAUGAAGGAGUGGACGGUAAAGCAGUGACAGGUGCAGAGUUCACAACAGGAGGCGAAGGAGUUUAGUCCUAGACGCCCACAAGUACUACGAGUGUUAAGUUUCCUUGUAGAUGAUAAAGUACAUUUGAUUUUGAUAUUCAAAUUUGUAAAACGCUCCCCCUGAGAAAUGUUCUCUGAUAACUAAUAAAGAAGCUUAAGAAGCAAAAGUAUGCAUAACUUGCAUGGAUAAAUCAA